GAUAGAAACAAGACGUCCACCACCAGGUGGCGCUGUUUCCCCCCGGCGUACCGUCUGCCCUCCGCCCCACCACCAACAGAGAAGAACCGGGAGGACAGAGAACCAUUGCCGGGUUAAGAAAACAACCGCAGCAGCAGCACACACGGCCGUUGAUCGCAGCUAGCUAGCGCCAUGGCGGCAGUGCGUAGCUUACGGGUGUCGGUGAAAUCAGACAGCGGCUCGGACCGCUCGGAAUCGGACUCCGACUCCGACUCGGACAGAGAUGUCCGCGAAGCCGAACCGAUGGAGGUGGAGGUCGAAGUGGAGGAGGGAGAGCUGGAGACGGAGGACAUUUCCGUUAACCGUUCCCUGAAGGAGCUGCUACCGGAUACGAGCCGGCGAUAUGAGAACAAGGCUGGAGCCUUCAUCACAGGGAUUGAUGUCAACUCAAAGGAGGCCAUUGAGGUCAAAAGCUGAAGUGUCUGUGAUGCGGGGCGUUUCCAUAUCCGUCCCGAGGAGAACGUUGAACACAGGAACGUUUUCCUGGAUAAAGAGACCAUGAAGAAAGCUAUCUCCAGCCUGCGUAUGGAGGCCAUCUACGUGACGGGCGUGGACGACAUGAGCACCCAGGACAUCUUCGGCUACUUUAAGGAGUACCCCCCGGCACACAUCGAGUGGAUCGAUGACACCUCCUGUAACGUGGUUUGGCUCGACGACAACACGUCCAUCCGAGCGCUCAUCAACAGCAGCCGGAUGCCUGACCCGGAGACGGUUACCACGGAGACGGCGAGCACCGACCAGGCGGGCGAACAGAGCAAAGUGGCAGGUCGCCUGGGGCGAUGCUCGGAGGACGAGGAUGAUGACGAGGAGGAGGAGGAAGAAGAGGGUGAGGUGGACGAAGACGAAGCCGUGAAGAAGAGCGGCGAGGAGGUCGAGGCCAAGAACAGCGACGGAGAGGCGGAGCCUAAAGCCAAGGCCCAGGAUGUCCAGGUGGAGGACCUGUCCCAGGUGGAGCGAGAGUCUCUCCUGAGGAAUGACCUUCGUCCGGCCAUCAAACCCUUCAAAGGAAACAAGCUUCUGCUGCGCUUCGCCACGCACGAUGAUAAGAAGGAGCUGGGCGCCGCUCGCCGCAGCAGGUACUACAUGAAGUACGGAAACCCGAACUAUGGAGGCAUGAAGGGGAUCCUCAGCAACUCCUGGAAGAGGAGGUUUCACAACCGUCGGAUCCAGCGAGACGUCAUCAAGACCAAGAAGCCUCUGAUCGGAGACAACCUGGGACACACACCUCCGUACACCCACCGGCACUCCGCGGACCUGGUGAACCUGCCCGAGGAGCCAAUCAAAGAAGAAGAGGAGGAAGAGGAGGAGGAUGAAGCGGAGGGAGACGAAGACAUGGAGGAGGACGACCGCGUGGUGGAGUACAAGGAGCGAGCGGAGAAGGAGCGCGGCGGAGGCGUGCGCGCGCUGGGGGCGGGUCUCCGCGGCCGCGCCGAGCGCUCCCCGUCCCAUUGGUCGGAGUCGGACGAGAUGGACUACGACCUGGAGCUGAAGAUGAUCUCCACGCCAUCGCCCAAGAAGACGAAGAAGAUGACCAUGUACGCCGACGAGCUGGACACGCAGCUGAAGAGCAUCCGGUCAGAGUUGCCCACCGAAAAUGCGACUUCCCACCGUUCCCACAUGUUUAUAGUGCGUCUGCUCUGUCUCUGUGGUGUUGUGUUCAGGAACCGGGUGGGGGGGUCGGGGUCACAGAGCCGAGCCAAGUCCACGUCGCCCUGCAAGGUGACGGAUGUCCGGCAGCUGCUGGAGGAGAAGAAGAGACACUCUCAGCACAGACAGCCCCCCCCGGUGGCAGCCAGCGGGAAGACAGACGUACGGCAGCGUUUGGGGAAAAGGCGCUACUCUCCCGACAGACGGCGCUCGCCCUCCCCCGUCUCCCCCAGAGACCUGCCUCCAGCCAGAGAACCAAUCAGAGACGUGCAUCGCAGACUGGGCGUGGCCACGCAAGAGCACAGAGCCGACUACUCCAGCUCAUCAAAAGACAGAAAGAGCGGUCUGUGGAGCAGACUGGGCUCCGUGGAAGACGACAGCGGCGCCGGGCGCAGCGAGCGCAGGCCCAGCAGCCGGAAGGACGCCAGCAAGGGCGCCGGCAGAAAGGAAGAAGAAGACGAAGAGGUGGAGGAGGAGGACGACUCGACGCUGCAGAAGAUGUGGGGCGCCAUGAUCAAACAGAAACAGGAGCGCGUCUCCACCAGGAUCAAGAAGAGCCGGCUGGACAACCUGCCGUCGCUGCAGAUCGAGAUCAGCCGCGACAGCAGCGAGGACUCGGACGCCUGA